AUGAUUUUAGGCUGAGGAGGCGUGGACUGCCCCAUUCUCUUAAAUGUCAGCGUUCAGAACACAGCUCCAUAACUUAUUUUGACUGUGAGCUCUGGAACUUUUGGUUCAACCUAUUUUUAAUUGUAGUUUGUUAUGAUAUACAAAGACCUUUGUGAACAGCUGAAGUCCAUGUGAAUAAAUUUGAACCAUUAUUAAUCUGAGAAUGACUAAAGAGGCAUUAGCUGUCACUAUCGUGGUCUUGUGGCUGCUCUGCAAUCCGGCGAGGAUUAGGGGAACCGGGGGAUUUCAAGGCGCCAUUCCUCACCCAAAUAAAUACAGCCCAAACCAGUCGGAACAGUCACCGCAGACACCGCAGGCUAGUUCUGGGGGAAUGGGACCGCCUUCAGUCGGGGACGAGGUGCUGGACUCCAGCCAGGAGGCUUUACACGUAACGGAGCGCCGUUAUCUCAAACUUGACUGGUGUAAAACGCAGCCGCUUAAACUGAUGAUUUACGAGGACGGGUGCCAGCCGCGCACCAUCAUCAAUCGCUUCUGUUACGGACAGUGCAACUCAUUCUACAUACCUCGACACGUUUAUCAAGAGGACGGUGCGUUUCAGUCGUGCUCCGUGUGUAAGCCAAAGAGUUACACGACGGUCACUUACACGCUCAUCUGUCCCGGGCAGAUCCCCAGCACCAAGAAGAAGCGCGUGCGCCGUGUGAAACAGUGCCGCUGUACUUCUGUCGACUUGGAUUAAACUUGCUGACAUCAUUGUUGUAGGCAA